AUGGUCCGACCCUCUGCCACCCCAGAAUCCAGGAACGUCGGCGUCUGCUUCGCCCAAGUCGUCGCUCGGGUCGUCCCCACUCUCCGGCAUCUCUUCAUCCCUCGCCGGGGACGCCUCUCCUUGUACGAGGGCCUCAAGGAGUGCAUUCCUGCUGCUGUGCGCAGCAAGGAGCAGUCAGCAAGGUGCUUCGGGCUGAGCGAGGUGGAGUUCAACAAGGCGCUGGAGAGGAGCGGGUUCAAGAAGCUACGCGACCGCUGCCAUGUCCCCGUCGGAGUGAAGGAGCUGGACUUUGCCAAGGGCCCCACCGCCCGCUAUGUCUUCUGCAACCGACGCUGGAGAAACCCCGACGAUCCCCUGGAACUGGAGGAGCUCCGCCAAGGCUGGCUGAAGCUCCGUGAGUGCGUGUGGAUAUUGGGAGCUGACCUGAGCUUCGAGAGCCUCGUGCAGUGCUGCCGGGUCAGAUACGCGCAGUGGGCAAGGAUGACGACCAACUGGAACAAGAGCCCCCGACGGGUCGGUCGUACCAAGCCCCCCCCUGCGCCCAGCAACGCCCCACGGGGAUCAGCGACCCUCCAUGACGCGCGUGCUCUAUCAUCAUCGUUAGACCCUCAGGGGGCGCACAAGCGCUCAGACAAGCAUGGUGGUGGAGGGUCAGGGGAGAGGCCGGCAAGUGAGCCAAGCUGUGGAGAAGACGGGAGGGAGGUGGACGAGUGGUUUGACCAGAUUCUUGUUUGUGUGAACUGGGAGCUGCCAGAGGAGGUGGUUAGCCUGCCGAGCAACGGAGCUCGAAGUUGGUCGCCUGCAGCUUGA